AUAUACACAAACACACCUAUUCAGAGAAGAACUCGUAGAUUCCCAUCUUCACAUCUUUCUCUUCCUUUUAAAUACUCCAAACUAGUAGCUCCUCAAUACAUAAACACCUACAAGAUUUUUAUAAUCACAAUAGAUACACGCAUAUAUAAUCAAUUUCUCCCACGCAAUCAAAUACCCAAAAACCCUUCUUUCUUGUUAUUUUUUAAUCAAAAAAUUCCAUCUAUUUACCAAACAACACAAGAAUUACUAGAUUAUCAUCUUAUAGUGAUUUUUUGAUCUGGGUUGUUGAAAAAGGUGCUAAAUUUGGUCUUUCUUCUGCUGGGUUUUAGUCUGUCUGGCCUCCAAUGGGUUUCUGCAUUUUGCAGUAACCAUAUCAUCUUGGGGAAUGGAUUGGUUGUACUUGUCUACUGUUAGUUCAUUUAAAUGAUGUUAAGUAGACAAAACGGUGCUAAUGCACUUGAUAUUCUGAGAAGGAAAUUGCGUGGGGAAUCAUCAUUAAGAACAAGCUUGCUUGAUGACAGUCACGAAAUUGAAUUGUCCGAUUAUCAUAGAGCACCCAGUUCUGGCAGUGAAAGUCCUUCGGGGCUUCUUAAUGGCGAUAGUUUGAGUGUGGAACCCAUAGCUGAUCUGGAUUUGUUCUUUGAGAGGCUUUAUAGCUACUAUUGUGAGAAAGGUCUUCUGUGCAUAGUAAUAAAGUGGAUAGUUGAACUUCUGAGUUUGGGUUUUACAAUAUGUUUCUCUUGCUUUUUCUUGUUAUACGUUGAUUGGAAUGGUCUUCGCAAUGCCAAGUGUGGAAUGGUCGCAGUUGAAUCUGGAAUAAAACCUUGUGACCUGGUGAAGGAAGCUUUCCACGAACAUCCAUUAAUACCAUUUACGCUUUCUAAAGCUAUUAUUGUUGGGUAUCUGGGAAUCUUCUCCAUAUACUGGAUAAUCUGUUUUCUACGUUUUUUUGCACAACUGAAGGAAAUUCUGAAAAUUCGUCAAUUUUACUACAACAGUCUCUGUAUUACAGACAAUGAGAUGCAAACCAUGCAAUGGGCGUCUGUUCUUGAAAAAGUUGUUCAGUUGCAGAACUCGCGACAAUUAUGUGUAGUCAAGGACCUAUCUGCUCAUGAUAUUGUAAUGCGAUUGAUGAGGAAGGAUAACUACUUGAUUGGAAUGCUCAACAAAGGAGUGCUUUCCUUUCCAGUAUCCAAGUGGGUUCCAGGAGCUGGUCCAAUUGUGAAAUCUGGUCCAAUGGGUACGCAACAACGUAUUAUAUUGACAAAAAUCCUGGAAUGGACCCUAAAGUGGUGCAUAUUACAGAGCAUGUUUGACAGAAACUUCUGUGUUAGGAGGGAUUUCAUUUCCGAUCCUAAAACAUUGAAGAAAAGGCUGUUCAUAGUCGGUGUCACAGUGCUAGUUCUUUCCCCCUUUAUUGUCAUAUUCAUGCUGGUGUAUCUCUUCCUGAAGCAUGCAGAACAGUUCUAUAAUCAUCCCAGUACCGCAUCGUCUCGAAGAUGGUCAAAUCUUUCAAAGUGGAUAUUAAGGGAAUUCAAUGAGGUUGACCAUUUGUUCAAACACCGGAUAAAUGGUAGUGUAGUACAUGCUUCUGAAUAUCUAAAGCAGUUUCCUUCUCCUGUAUUAUCGAUCAUUGCCAAGUUUAUAUCAUUUGUUUCUGGUGGAUUUGCUGCUAUAUUGAUCAUCAUUGCGUUUCUGGAAGAGUCUCUAUUGGAAGGCCAUAUUUUUGGUCGCAAUUUAUUCUGGUAUGCUGCUGUGUUUGGAACCAUAACAGCCAUAAGCCGGGCUGCAGUAUCAGAUGAUCAUCUUGUCCUUGACCCACAUGGUGCUAUGUCUUUAGUUGUCCAGCAUACACAUUAUAUGCCAAAGAGAUGGCGCGGCAAAGAGAAUUCCAAUGAUGUCAGGGUCGAGUUUGAGACUUUAUUUCAGUAUACUGGAAUGAUGUUACUGGAGGAGAUGGCUUCCAUUUUUUUAACUCCUUAUCUGCUUAUAUUUAUUGUACCGGAGAGAGUUGAUGACAUUCUGCAGUUUAUUGAUGAUUUUACAGUGGAUGUUGAAGGUGUUGGUCAUGUAUGCAGCUUUAGUGCCUUUGACUUUCAAAACCAUGGAAAUAUCAGGUAUGCUUCACCAUACAAUUCAGCUCGAGUGCAAAGGAGCUCCCAGGGAAAAUUGGAGAAAUCAUUCUUGAGCUUUCAGAGUAGCUAUCCUUCAUGGGAGCCUAAUAGUCAAGGAAAGCAACUUAUCUCUACACUAAAAGCUUUCAGGGAACAAAAGUUGCGAGUCCAGGAACGAAUUCAUCCAUAUUUGCCCCCUAGAAUGCAGCAAUGGAGUCCAGAGACACGAGUCCAUGGUGAUUUGAACAAUGUUUUUACAAGAGAAGCGUUUCACAAUAUUCAGGAAAGGGGUUAUCAGUUAGGUUCUGUGUGGUUAUUUAAUUCUGAACUAAAGAAUUAUUUAAAUAUUCUUGAGUGGUACUAUACAUCUGGACCCCAUCUGGCAAACGAGGCUGAAAGAGGCUCUCCAUCAAGAUCAUCUAAUGUUGCUGAAAGCACAAGAUUCUUCUGGAUGCCACCCGACGUUAGACAUAAUGAAGCAACAGAUGAGGAAAACUGGGGGCAAUUUUUUGACAAUGACAGAUCACAAAGUCCUUUGGAAGCUUCCACUGCAGCUCCUCUCUUCCAUGGAAGUGUACUACACCACGACGACUCUGUCAACACAGCAGAACACCCCAGUAGUAAAAGUCAUUGGUGGGCUAGAAGUGAUGCACAAGGCAACAACCGACAUACAAGCUUCUUAGAACCUCCGGCCUUCUACCGCAACACAGAUACUUUUCAUAAUAACGCGCAGACUAGCUUCCUGGAACUUCCAACCUUUCAUCGCAACACAAAUGCUUAUUAUGAUAACAACCCGCAGACUAGCUUCUUGGAACCUCCAACUUUCGACAGCAACCCAGAUACUUUUGAUGAUAAUAUGUUUGGUAGCAGCAUAGUACAGGAAGACCAAGACCGCUCUGGCUCGAUGAGGAGCUCUAAUAGGUCCCAUUCAAUUUACAUUGGCGACAUAGAUGAAGGGCAAUUUAAUCUCCCAUUUGAUGAUAUUUAUAGUAGACAUUCUACUAGUCCUGAAUUAGAUCCCUCAAACCUUCUGUGAAUAAUUGCCGUUCUCAAUCUAGCUUUAGGAAAGCGUUUCCUCUUCUUGUACAUGGUUUUUAAUUAUGCAACUCCGAUAGCUUUUCUUUGCUCAA